CUGGGCCCCAACAUGGUUUUGACUACUUUUACCAACGGACGCUUCUUUGUGGAUAGCCCACAGGGCGGCAUCUUUCUGUCGUCCCUUUCGGUGCGCGACGGCAAGAUUGUCGAUGGACCCCUGCAGGGCGCACACGAGGUGGACCUGGGCGGCCGGCUGGCGCUGCCGGCCUUUGUCGACGCCCACUGCCACCUGCUCCCGCUCGGCGAGUCGCUCGACAAGGUCGAUCUGACCGGCUGCACCUCGCUGGCGCACAUCCUGCAGCGCCUCGAGGCACACAACCAAACGCACCCCGAUGCGGUGCGGAUCCUGGCCAAGAACUGGAUCCAGGGCAUGACGGAGCCACGCGAAAUCGACCGCGCGUCGCUCGACACGCUCGACAAGCCCGUUUACAUCGAGUCGUACGACCUCCACUCGUCGCUGCUCAACUCGGCCGCCCUCGCCGAGCUUGCGAUUGACGCCGACGGUAGGACGCCCGACCCGCCCGGCGGCAAGAUCGUCCGAGACGCCGACGGGCGGGCGACAGGGUGGAUGCAGGAGCUGGCCCAUCUCAACGUGGUGGCCGGCUUCCUGCAGAAGCAGACGACUACGGAAGAGAAGCGGCGUGCCAUCGAAAACGCCUUUGCGGCCCUCCUGGGCGCGGGCUACACGGCCGUGGGGGAUCUGCUGAUGGAGGAAGACGCAUUUGCCAUCCUGACGUCGCUGGAGCAGGAGCAGGGCCGACUGCCGGUGCGCGUCAGGGCCUACUGGCACGUCGAGCCCAAGCCGGACCUCGCCGAGUCACUGAAGGCCAUUGACCGGGCAAAGGAGCUGCAGGAGAGGCGCAAGGGCAGCGAGUACCUGCAAGUCGUGGGCAUCAAGCUCGUCUCCGACGGCGUCAUUGACUCGUGCACCGCCUCGCUCCUUGCGCCCUACCGCGACGGGAGCAAUGCGGAACCCAUCUGGCCCCUCGACCGCCUCACGGCUGCCGUGCAGAGAGCCGACGAGCUGGGCCUGCAGUGUGCUAUCCACGCCAUCGGCGACCUGUCGGUGCACAAUGCCGUCGAGGCGCUGGCGUCGCUGGGCCGCGAGCGCAUCGUCGCACGCAGGCACCGCAUCGAGCACCUCGAGCUGAGCACCGCUGCCGACGUCCAAAAGCUCGGCUCGCUCGGCAUCACCACGUCUGUCCAGCCCGUGCACGCCGACCCUGCGCUGCUGGACAACUGGUACAACCAGCUUGGGGGGCCCCAUGCAGACCGGUGCUGCAACCGUGCAUUCGCCUACAGAGACUUUCUCGAGGCUGGCGCACCCAUUGCCAUCGGCACCGACGCCCCCACAGCGCCCUUCCCUCCUCUGCCCAAUCUGCACAUUGCCACGACGCGCCGAUCUGCGCGCGAUCCCCAGCUCGACACACGCACGACACCCCAAUUUGCACUGCCUCUUGUGGCAGCGGUCGCGGCCGCCACACAGGGCGCGGCCCGUGCAUGUCACGUGGAGCAUCUCCAGGGAUCCUUUGCCGCGGGCUGCUCAGCAGACUUUAACGUCGUAGACAUUGAUCUCUUCUCGCCCGAGAACGAGGGCAAGCAGAUGCUGCUCAAGGCCAAAGUGGCUCAGACUUUUGUGCAAGGCAAGCCUGUAUAGUAGUGAAGAAGCAGCGUUUAAAACUUUAUCCCUUAUCUGGCGUCUGUUUAUCUAGCGACGCGCGCGUAGAAACAAACGACAGGCGCAAGAGUAGGCGAGCGAUAGCGCGAAGGUCUGGUCUGAACGAGGUGGUACGCUAGAUAAAGAGGACCCUCCGUCCAUGGCGAUGGACCGACGGCGGGCCUCACGACCAACCAGCACAGAUACGAGACGAGCAGAGGACACACUAGAAGACAGAAUAGACAGACCACACCACAUCAUGUCGUCGACAAAGGAAGACGCCAUGGCAAAGAGGGACGAAAAGGAAGAGGGGGCAGAGGUGUCGCUCGAGGAGCUCAACAAUGGGGCCACGCAGCCCAAGCACUUUUCGACGAUGGCGCUCCUGGGCCUCAGCUAUGCCAUUCUCAACACCUGGGGUGCCAGCUCGGGC